AGGCAAGAUCAUUUCCAAAAGGGUUAUGACAUUGACAAGCAACUGGAAUCACUGAUCAAGAAUUCGAGAUCGAAUAUCUUCCUCACUCUCACUCGCAUCAAACUAUCAAUUCAUUCCACUUCUCAGAUGCAGCAAACGCGCCAGAGGUUCACUUACGUCCCCCCUAGUUCAAAUCCCCCUACAGCAAGUGACUCGCGGCCACUGACAUCUGCUCGACCUACGACCGCGCAAUCACGCGCCGGUACAUAUGCAUCGCGACCCACGACGCGUCCAGGAACCGGAAGACCAGGCACUGGUCGGCCUGGAACAGCGCGUCCAACUACCGCCGCCUCAGCGAUUGGCGGCGACUCUCACAAAUCGAGCCAUGUCAUCGCAUUGCUCGAAGGUCGGGGAGUUGCGAGGGAAGUUGGUAUUGCAGCGCUCGAUCGGGACACGGGAAGGGUAAUGCUAGUGCAGCUUUCUGAUUGCCCGACGUAUGUGAAGACGUUGCACCAGAUGCAUCUCCACCCACCGAUGAUGGUGCUCGUCCCCGAUACUUUUCUUUCUGCCACCGACGCGGCACCAAAUUCCCUUCUUGUGGAGUACAUCUACGAGGAGUUUCCGGGCGUGCCUGUCGAGCCUAUUGGAAGGAAGUACUGGAACGAAGCGGGAGGACUUGAAUUCAUCUCGCAACUUUGCGUCGAAAACGAUGAACGUGCCGGAACGCUAUUGGCGGUUGCCAACAAGUACUACGCGCUCUCUGCAGCCUGUGCGCUCUUCAAGCAUGCCGAGACGAAGCUCAACACUCGCUUUGCGUCGGGAUCUCUGCUCAUCCGAUACGUUCCUGUCGAGGGCACAAUGAUGAUCGAUCCCGACACGGCCAGAAAUCUGGAAUUGGUGGACAACAUGUCGCGCAAGAAGUCGACGCACUCCUUGUUUGGCACUCUGCACCAUUCUUACACGGCGAUGGCCACCAGACUGCUAAGAGUUAACAUCCUUUCUCCCAUCACAUGCAAGUCGCUCUUACAACCCUUUUCACGGUCCGCAUUUGACGGUCCGCUAGCGCAAACCACAAUAGAUGCGCGACUGGACGUCGUCGAGGAGCUCGUUCAGUCCGAAGAACGAUUCACCGAAGUACGCGCGGCACUGAAGCCGCUGAACAAGAUGGACUUCGACAAACUCAUUGCUUCCCUCGUCGCUUCGGAGACGAAGCAGAGCAAUUCAGCAAAGUACGCGUCCACUCGCGUCUCGCAGAUGCUUGAGCUACGCAAUGCGGUGAGAACCCUGCCCAUGGUGCAUAGCGCGCUGCAGGGGAGUCAAGCACAGUUGCUGAGAAUCAUCCACGAGAUGCUUUCAGAUGACAGAAUAAAACGCAUCGAGCAACUGGUCUGCGCGAGCUUGAACGAAGACAGCACUCCUGCCAAGGGUGGGAUCGGAGCAGUCAACGCUCGAGUGUAUGCAGUCAAGGCCAACUGCAAUCGGCUGCUGGACGUCGCGCGCGAGACAUACAAAGAGAAUGUCGGUGACAUCUUCACGCUGAGCCGCAAUCUGUCCGAUGCGCAUGAAUUGCCACUCGGACUGACGUAUCAAGAGGGAGGAUUCGUAUUCACUCUCAAAAAGAGUGAUCUGGGGGAGGGAGGGACCCUGCCCAAAGGAUUCGUUAAUGCACAGAUCAAAAAGGGAAAGUGGGUAUUCGAGUCUAUGGAUCUGAAGAAGAUGAACGCCCGGAUGAAAGACGCACUGGACGAGACUCUGAUUUUGAGCGAGAAGAUUAUCGAAGACCUCGUGAGCGACAUCCUGCUCGAUGUCGGUGCUCUAUACAAGGCGUCUGAGGCCGUUGCAUUGCUGGAUAUGCUCUGGUCGUUUGCACAUACUUCAAUCAUGCGAAACUAUGUCCGACCAGAAUUCACCGGCACCCUCGCAAUCAAGUCCGGCCGACAUCCUAUUCUGGAGACUAUCGCAUCAGCUGGGACACUGGUGCCUAAUGAUGUGUACUGCGAUGACUCGUCCGCGUUCCAGAUCGUGCAGGGGCCCAACAUGUCAGGAAAGAGCACAUAUCUCAGGCAGGUCGCACUACUCACCGUAAUGGCGAUGUGCGGUUGCUUCGUGCCAGCUGAAUAUGCCAGCUUCCGCCUUCACGACACAUUACUCAGCCGACUUUCCAACGAUGACGAUAUGGAAAAGAGUCUGAGUACAUUCGCGAAUGAGAUGGCCACGUCAGCCAUGAUUCUGGGUCUGGCAACUUCGAAAUCGCUAGUGAUUGUGGAUGAACUUGGUCGAGGAACGUCUCCGCGCGAAGGGGUUGGAAUCUCGCAUGCCAUUGCAGAGGCCUUGAUCGAAAGUAGGGCGUUUGUCUUCUUCGCGACGCACUUUCACGAGCUGACGACAACGCUGUCAAGGAAACCUCCAGUCAUUAAUCUGCACUUGUCUGUCCAGCGGAGCACCAAAGCUGGCUUUGGAGUCACAUUUCAGUACAAAAUUGUCGAUGGCGCGCCGCCCGACUCGAAUCACUACGGCCUAGAGCUCGCCCGACUGGCUGAUCUCCCAGAAGAAGUACUGAUGGAAGGAAAGCGCGUUGCCGAGCGUUUGGCUGCCCUCCACAUCAAACAUGAAGGACAGAGCGAGAGCGGUCGAAUUGCGGUCAGACGCAAAGCGCUACUGAGAUUACGCACACAAUUGACUCAGGCGUAUGAGCAUUCUGCCCUGAGCGACCUCGACCUCGUUGCAUACAUUGCUCGUUUCCAGGUCGACAUCACCAAAGCUUUCAUCCAUCCAUCCCCAGCUUGCUGAGUAAAGCCCGGUCCGGAGAAUGACUAAUUGGUCCAGGACGAUUAGGAGUUGUAUGAGAAAGUACGAGAUACGGCGUCAUUGACUAUCGAAGGACCGUGGACAUUACAAGAGCAGACCCAUAGGUGUAUUUG